CGUUCUGCGCAGGCCCGCGUCUUAGGCCCCACCCCGCCCACAGUCUAUCUUCCGUAGAGGCGGAACUUGACUAGCCAUGGUGAACCUGGGCCUGUCCCGUGUGGAUGACACCGUGGCCGCCAAGCACCCGGGACUGGAGGAAUAUGCCGUGUGCCAGUCGAACGCCUUCAUGAAGGGCGUUUUCACCUUGGUCACAGGCGCUGGUGCGACUUUCUUCUGCCUGCAGAUGUUCAUUAAGCGGAGGUUUCCAUACCCUGUGCAGUGGAGCUUCCUGGUGUCUGCCGUCGUAGGAUCUGUGGCCAGCUAUAGAGUGACAAGAAUGGAGUCUCAGAAAUGCAGCGACCUCUGGCUCUUCCUGGAGACGGGGCAGCUCCCCAAAGACGUGCGCACAGGUGAGAAGUCCCCCCUCACCCCAGGGGCAGCAGGCAAUUUCACAAAGGCAAGCCCAGGCAUCUCUGCUUCCCUCUGGAGGUACUGGGACAGAGGAGAGCACAGCGAAGACUGA